AUGUCCUGCUACGACCUGUGCCUGCCCUCCUCCUGCCCCCGGCCCCUGGCCACCAGCUGCAGCCAGCCCUGCUUCCGUCGCUGCGGGGACUCCACGGCCAUCAUCCAACCCCCCACCGUGGUGCUCACCCUGCCCGGGCCCAUCCUCAGCUCCUACCCCCAAAACACGACGGUGGGCUCCACGGCCUCGGCGGCGGUGGGGAGCUACCUGAGGUGCUGCGGGGUGCCCAUCGCUUCCAACGGAGCCCGGGGGCUGGCCAAGGCUGGACUCUUGUGCCUGGGCAACGGGCUGUAG